CAUGGUUCGCCCUUUCGAUACUAAUGCCAGUUCACUUAUACUUGAGCCGCCUCGUUUUGUGAAGAGAGAGAGAGAGCUUUCCGCCGAACAUGACAAACCAGAAAUCACAACCACCGACCACAGUGUGCCACGUGGUGGCGAUGCCUUAUCCAGGCAGAGGCCACGUCAACCCCAUGAUGAACAUCUGCAAGCAGCUAAUUUCACGGAAGCCCGACAUCCUCAUCACCUUCGUCGUCACCGAGGAGUGGCUCGGCUUGAUCGGCUCCGAGCCGAAGCCAGACAACCUCCGAUUCGGCACACUCCCCAACGUCAUACCCUCCGAGCACGGCCGCGCCAACGACUUUCCUGGCUUCGUCAAAGCCGUCAGCACCAAGCUGGAAGCUCCCUUCGAGGAGCUGCUCGAUCGGCUUGAGCCUCUGGUGAGCGCCGUCGUAGCCGACAGCUACUUGGUAUGGAUGACACGUGUCGGAAAUCGGAGGAAUGUUCCGGUGGCUUCGCUUUGGCCUAUGUCUGCUCUUCUGUUUUCGGUAUUUUACCAUUUUGAGCUUCUCGAACAAAACGGCCAUUUCCCAGCCGACCUCUCAGAGCGAGGAGACGAAGUUGUAGAUUACAUCCCUGGAGUCUCUACGAUGCGCGUGGCAGAUUUGCCGACGAUUUUCUGCGGAAGUGGUCGGGAAACCUUAUCAAUAGCCUUGGAAUGUGUUUCUAGGGUGUCCGAAGCCCAAUAUUUUUUGUCAACUUCAGUGUACGAGCUUGAACCCCAAGUCUUUGACGCUUUGAAGGCGAAAUUUGCUUUCCCUAUCUACCCCAUUGGACCUAGCAUACCUCAUUUCCAACUUGAAAGUUCCUCUAGUCACACUAAUAAUGGUCCUGACUAUCUCAAGUGGCUAGAUUCUCAACCCAAAAGGUCCGUCUUGUACAUCUCUCUAGGGAGUUUCCUUUCGGUUUCGAGUGCCCAAUUGGAUGAAAUUGUGGCUGGGGUAAAGAAUAGUGGCGCGAGUUACUUGUGGGUGGCGCGUGGGGAAGCCUCAAGGAUCAAAGACGGCGGUGGAGAUUUUGGAUUUGUGGUGUCUUGGUGUGACCAAUUGAGGGUGUUGUGCCAUCCUUCUAUAGGCGGGUUUUUGACACAUUGUGGAUGGAAUUCCACUUUGGAAGCCAUUUUUGGUGGGGUCCCUAUGCUGACUUUCCCCUUAUUUUGGGACCAAGUUCCAAACAGCAAGAGAGUUGUUGAGGACUGGAAGAUUGGCUUAAGGGUGAAGAAAAAAGCGUUGGGGAGUGAUGAGAGUACUUUUGUGUCAAGAGAUGAAAUCUCCGAGCUUGUGAAGAGAUUUAUGGACCAAGAGAACAAUGAAGGGAAAGCAAUGAGAAAAAGAGUAAAGGAACUUCAAGAGGCCUGUCACCAAGCAAUUGCCAAAGGUGGGUCAUCCGACACUAAUCUUGAUGCUUUCAUAAGGGAUAUUUCACAAGGCCAUCAAGCUAAUUUUAAUUAAGCUUGCCGCUAGGUGAUUUAUUAUAAUGUUCUAAUUGGAUCUUGUUUUUCCUUCAAAAUGUUUUUUUUUUUUUUGGAAGCUGUUUCUCAUCUCGUACGUUUGCUUUGAUUUGGACCGUUCUAUUCUACUUCAUCAAAUAAUUGGCAUGGAAAAAUUGCUCUAUUUUGAGCUCUGCUAGAUGCCGUGUACGUUUUGUAGUUACUUUUGGGUCUUUUUGACACGCUCAUGAUAAGCUGUUGAAAAUUGAGUC